GUGAAUAAUGGAAUUGCGGAGGAUGGCGGUUUUGCCAUCAACGGCGGCAAGGGCUGGUCAAGCGUUGUUUUUGACAACCACCAGAUUGAUUUGAGUGGGAAAGUUGCCAUUGCCAUGGGGAACUAUUAUUUCACUAGUGCAGCUGAUGGAAGCAAGACCAAAGUGGAGUACACGUUUGGCUACAAGAAAAACGUCGAUGGAAAUGUGCGCAUCUUCCUCCACCACUCGUCCGUGCCAUUUAGCGCCGGUACCGCAAGCGCAGGUGCCACGCUCUCCGAGGAGGACGUGAGAGCCGCACAGGCAGCUUGGGCCAACGCCAUUAAGACGAUCUCUAAGACCUACUUGGAUGGAGGCGACUAUGUGGCAGCUGCGGGGAAGGCAGCAGGUGAGCUGUACGGCUACGGUCACACAAAUGUGCUCUUCAAGCCCACGAAGGCAAAGGAUGUCCAGUUCCGGCCCCUGCCAGCCCAGGCCAUGUCCUACUUCGUAGGCUGCAAGGCCGUUGAGGAUGGAAUUCCAGAAGAUGGUGGCUUCGCCAUCAACGGCGGCAAAGGCUGGUCAGACGUUGUAUUCGACAACCACCAGAUCGAGUUGAGUGUAGAUACAGCCAUUGCGAUGGGAAACUAUUAUUUCACUAGUGCAGCAGAUGGAAGCAAGGCCACGGUGGAGUACACGUUUGGCUACAAGAAGAACGCCGAUGGGAAGGUGCGCAUCUUCCUCCACCACUCGUCCGUACCAUUCAGCUCUCCACCGGCUACUGGCAAAGUUGCCGCCACAAUUUCCGAGGAGGAGGUGAGAGCCGCACAGCGGGCUUGGGCCAAUGCUAUUAAAAUGAUCUCGAAGACCUACUUGGAUGGAGGCGACUAUGUGGCAGCAGCGGGGAAGGCAGCCGGCGAGCUGUAUGGGUAUGGUCACUCGAAGGUGCUGUUCAAGCCCACGAAGGCAAAGGAUGUCCAGUUCCGGCCCAUGGCAGCCCAGGCCAUGUCCUACUUCGUGGGCUGCAAGGCUGUGGAGGAUGGAAUUCCAGAAGAUGGUGGCUUCGCCAUCAACGGCGGCAAAGGCUGGUCAGGUGUUGUGUUCGACAACCACGACAUCGACGUGGAUGGCAACUCAGCAAUCGCCAUGGGGAACUAUUACUUCACUAGUGCAGCGGAUGGAAGCAAGACCAAGGUGGAGUACACAUUUGGCUACAAGAAGAAUUCUGAUGGAAAUGUGCGAAUCUUCCUCCACCACUCGUCCGUGCCAUUCAGCCCUUGCCCCGCCGCUCCAGCUGCCCCAGCCGCCCCACCUGCACAAGUCGCAGAGAUUUCUGAGGAGGAGGUGAGAGGCGCGCAGAGGGCAUGGGCCAAAGCCAUUAAGACGAUCUCGAAGAUCUAUUUGAGUGGCGGGGACUAUGUGGAAGCUGCGGGGAAGGCAGCAGGUGAGCUGUACGGCUACGGUCACACACAGGUGCUGUUCAAGCCCACGAAGGCCAAGGAUGUCCAGUUCCGGCCCAUGGCAGCCCAGGCUAUGUCCUACUUCGUAGGCUGCAAGGCCGUUGAGGAUGGAAUUCCAGAAGAUGGUGGCUUCGCCAUCAACGGUGGCAAGGGUUGGUCGGAUGUUCUGUUCGACAAUCACCAGAUUGUCGUGGACGGUGCUACCGCCACUGCCAUGGGGAACUACGUCUUCAUCAGUGCAGCAGAUGGAAGCAAGACGAAAGUAGAGUACACGUUUGGCUACAAGAGGAAUGCCGAUGGGAAGGUGCGCAUCUUCCUCCACCACUCGUCCGUGCCAUUCAGCCCUGCUCCCGACGUCCGCCCCGUGUCCAAGGAGGAUGUGCUGAGUGCGCAGGCAGCGUGGGCCAAUGCCAUUAAGACGAUCUCUAAGACCUACCUUGACAAGGGCGACUUUGUGGCAGUUGCUACCAAAGCCGCUGGCGAGCUGUAUGGCUAUGGCCACUCGAAGGUCCUGUUCAAGCCCACCAAAGCGGCAGAAGCACAGUUCCGUCCGACUGCCGAGGAUGCAAUGUCCUAUUUCGUCGGAAGAAAGUCAGUUGAGAAAGGUCAUUCUGAGGACGCUGGCUUCGCCAUCAACGGGGGCAAGGGCUGGUCAGAUGUCGUGUUCGACAACCACGAGAUCGAUAUGGACGGCAACAUGGCACUCGCAAUGGGGAACUAUUACUUCACUAGCGCAGCAGAUGGAAGCAAGACAAAGGUGGAGUACACGUUUGGCUACAGGAGGAACCCCGAUGGAAAGGUGCGCAUCUGCCUCCACCACUCGUCGGUCCCUUUCAAGGCGUAG